AUGGAUCCCGCCGCCGUGAGGUCCUUGCUCGCCACUAGCUUGGACCCUGAUGCAGACAGCCGAAGGCGUGCUGAGCUUCAGUUGAAACAGAUCGAAGAACAGCCCGGAUUCCUCGAAUGUCUGCUCAACAUCCUGCAAGCCGAACAGGAGUCAAGCGUUCGCCUGUCGACCGUUAUCUACGUAAAGAACCGCGUGAAUCGAUCAUGGUAUAGCGAGGGGUACUCUACCGAAGCCCCCGCCGCCACAAUCCCUGAAGAUGAGAAGGCUCGUGUACGAGACCGCCUUCUGCCGAUUCUUGCUGCUUCCGAAGGCCUCGUCCGCCAGCAGCUUAUCCCCGUCCUCCAGCGAAUCCUCCAGUAUGACUUCCCAGCCCGCUGGCCAAAGUUCAUGGAUUUCACCCUCGAGCUCCUGAACACGAAUAACCCUGGCUCCGUCCUCGCUGGCUUGCAGUGUCUGCUUGCCAUCUGCCGUGCCUUCCGCUACAAGGCUACUGACAGCGAUGACCGACAACACUUCGACCAGAUUGUUGAGGCCAGCUUCCCUCGUCUCCUGGCUAUCUGCAAUGAACUCGUGAACCAGGAGAGCGAUGAGGCGGGUGAGAUGCUUCACCUGGCUUUGAAGGCCUACAAGCAUGCGACAUGGUUGGAGCUUUCCCCCUCGCUGCGACAGCGCGAUGUCAACAUUGCUUGGUGCACUGUUUUCCUCCACACAGUCUCCAAGACCUGCCCGGCCAACGCCAUGCAGGGCGACCAGCACGAACGCGAGAAGCACCACUGGUGGAAGGCUAAGAAGUGGGCUUUCUUCAACCUGAACCGUCUCUUUAUCCGACACGGUAACCCUGCGAGUCCCGGUAAGGGCGAAGACGCACUUGCUUUCGCCAAGGACUUCACCGCGAACAUCGCCCCCGAGAUCCUCAAGCACUACCUCCAGGAGAUCGAGAAAUGGGUCGCCAAAACCUCUUGGCUUAGCCGACCUUGCCUUUCUUACACUCUGGUCUUCCUCGACGAGUCGGUACGACCCAAGGAGAUGUGGACACACCUCAAGCCUCAUCUUACAAACCUCGUUACUCAUUUCGUCUUCCCUGUCCUCUGCCUCACCGAGGAGGACGUUGAACAGUUCGAGGACGAGCCCGACGAGUACCUUCACCGAAAGCUCAACUACUUUGAGGAGGCAUCUGCCCCUGACGUCGCUGCCACGAACUUCCUCGUCAACCUCACCAAAAACCGCCGCAAGGAGACUUUCGAGAUUCUUACGUUUGUCAAUGCUGUUGUUACCGAGUACGAGCAGGCUGCCGAUGAGAACAAGAACCAUAUUGCCAAGGAGGGUGCUCUGCGCAUGAUCGCUACCCUGGCUCCUGUUAUUCUGGGCAAAAAGAGCCCUAUCGCGGACCAGGUAGAAUACUUCCUUGUCCGUUAUGUCUUCCCUGACUUCACCAGCCCCCAGGGCUACCUCCGAGCUCGUGCUUGCGACACUAUCGAGAAGUUUGAGCAGCUUAAUUUUAACGACCCCAACAACCUCCUUACUAUAUACCGACACAUUCUCGACUGUAUGGCCGACCCUGCACUUCCCGUUCGUGUCACAGCAGCCCUUGCUCUUCAACCUCUCAUCCGUCAUGAUGUUAUUCGAACAAGCAUGCAACAGAACAUCCCCACGAUCAUGCAGCAGCUGCUCAAGCUCGCCAACGAGGCCGAUAUCGACGCGCUUGCCAACGUUAUGGAGGAUUUCGUUGAGGUCUUCGCCACCGAGCUUACGCCCUUCGCAGUAGCUCUGAGCGAGCAGCUGCGAGACACAUAUAUGAGAAUCAUCCGAGAGCUCCUUGAGAAGGAGAGCAAGGUCGGUGACGAUGGCGAGCCCUAUAACGAGUACGACGACAAGAGCAUCACUGCUCUCGGAGUUUUGCAGACCAUUGGUACUCUGAUCCUUACCCUCGAGAGCACCCCCGAUGUCCUGCUUCACAUCGAGGCUGUUCUUAUGCCAGUCAUCAAGGUAACACUAGAGAACAAGCUUUAUGAUCUUUAUAACGAGGUCUUUGAGAUCAUCGAUAGCUGCACGUUUGCCGCCAAGUCCAUCUCGCCCACUAUGUGGCAAGCCUUCGAGUUGAUUCACACUACGUUCAAGGCUGGUGCUGAGUACUACCUGGAAGAUAUGCUGCCUGCUCUGGAUAACUUUGUCCAGUUUGGUGCUCCUCAGCUUGCCCAGAAGCCUGAGUACACUCAGGCUCUUUAUUCUAUGGUAGCUGAUAUGUUCACGGAUAGCAUCCAGGGUGGAGUUGAGAGGAUAUGUGCCUGCAAGCUCGCCGAGGCUAUGAUGCUCAGUCUGAAGGGACAAAUUGACAGCUGCGUUGAGGGCUUCAUCAACAUUGCCAUGGGCAUCCUUGGCAACCAAGAUGUCAAGGUCAAGAGCUACCGCAUUCACCUCAUGGAGUUGGUGAUCAACUCCAUUCACUACAACCCCCUCCUUACACUCCAGGUUCUUGAGAACAAAGGUUGGACAAACCGCUUCUUCAGCCUUUGGUUUGGCAGCAUGACAUCUUUCACCCGUGUUCACGAUAAGAAGCUAUGUAUCGUCGCUAUCUCUGCUCUCCUUAGCCUUAGCCAUGAGCAUGUCCCAUCCAGUGUGUCAGUUGGCUGGCCCAGAUUGCUACAGGGUAUCACCGAGCUGUUCCGCACCCUUCCCGCUGCCCAGAAGAACCGUGAUGAGGCUCUCCGUGAUGACUUCCACCUGGAGUCAUCCUACGAUUACGGCGAGGAAGACGAGUGGGACGAUGACGAGGCCAAUUGGAACGUCGAUGAAGAGGAAGAAGCCGACGAGACCAACGAGUCCAAGGAUGAGAGCACUGCUUACCUCAACUUCCUCAACGAAGAAGCCCAGAAGUUCAGCCGAGCAAUCGAUGAUGUUGAGGAGGACGACAUGGGCGAGGACUCGGUCCUGCUCGAGUCACCACUUGACAAGAUUGAACCUUAUCAGCUCUUCCGUAAUACUUUGAUGAAAAUGCAACAAGAACAGCCCCAGUUCUAUAGCAGCCUUGCUGGACACCUCACAGCUGAUGACCAAAAUGUGAUUCAGUCGGUGAUGGUCAAGGCUGACGAGAUUGCCGUGCAGCAAGCUCAACAAGCCCAGCAAGCCCAGAUUCUGGCUCAACAACAAGCUGCUACUAUGGCUGCCAACCUUGGCGCGGCCAACGGUGGUGCUAGUUAA